AUGUCGUCAAGUGAUUCAAAAGCUCCUAAAGUAGAAAUUAAAUAUACACAAAUUUUUAUUAACAAUGAAUGGCAUAAAGCAGCGAAUGGUAAAACAUUUCCUGUCAUCAAUCCAUGUACAGGAGAAGAAAUUUCUCAAGUAGAAGAAGGUACCAAAGCUGAUAUUGAUAAGGCAGUUGAAGCUGCUAAGAAAGCUUUCGAUAUUAAGUCAACUUGGCGUAAAUGUGAGCCUGCUGAACGUGGUAAUUUGUUGCGCAAACUUGCAGAUUUACUUCGACGUGAUGUGGAUUAUUUAUCGAAAUUGGAAACAUUGAAUGGUGGAAAAAUCAUUACCGAUAGCGUUAUGGAAGUUUUUGGUGCAGCUGCAUGUCUUGAUUAUUGUGCUGGAUGGUCAGAUAAGAUUGCUGGUGAAACACUUGCAUCAGCACCAGGUACUUUUACCUAUACUCGGCAUGAACCAGUUGGUAUUUGUGGACAAAUCAUUCCAUGGAACUUUCCGCUUGUCAUGCUAGCCGGUAAAAUUGGACCUGCAUUAACUUGUGGCAAUGUUGUAAUUCUCAAACCAGCUGAACAAACACCACUUACUGCACUCUAUUGUGCUUCUCUUAUCAAAGAAGCUGGAUUUCCACCAGGUGUUGUUAAUAUUGUACCAGGUGAUGGACCUAACUGUGGUUAUGAAAUAGCUAUUCAUAAGAAAAUUGAUAAAAUAGCUUUUACAGGCUCGGUUCAAGUAGGAAAAAAAGUUCAAGAAGCUGCAGCAAAAUCAAAUCUUAAACGUGUUACACUCGAACUUGGUGGAAAAUCACCAUUGAUUAUCUGUGAAGAUGCUGACUUGGAUCUUGCUGUUACAACUGCUCAUAGAGCACUGUUUAUGCACGCUGCUCAAGUAUGUGUUGCAGCAUCACGAAUAUUCGUUCAUUCAAAAAUUUACGAUGAAUUUGUAUCUAAAAGUGUAGAAUUAGCCAAGAAACGUGUUCUUGGUAAUCCAUUUGAUUCAAAAACUCAACAAGGACCACAGAUCAACAAUACUCAAUGUGAAACAAUUCUUCAAUAUAUUAAAUCAGGCAAAGAAUCAGGUGCAAAACUUGAAUGUGGUGGUGAACGAUUCGGUGAUAAAGGGUAUUUCAUUCAACCAACUAUCUUUAGUGAUGUAAAAGAUGAUAUGAAAAUAGCUCGUGAAGAGAUCUUUGGUCCAGUGAUGUCAAUAUUUAAAUUUGAUUCAUAUGAUGAAGUAAUCAAACGUGCAAAUGAUACAGAAUAUGGUCUAGCUGCUGGUGUUAUAACAAAAGAUUGUAAGUUGAAUAAGAAAG